UUGUUGGCCCCAAAAGCGUGCGGGAAAUUUCGGGAUUGAUGGCUUCUGCGGUCCUAUAUCGUCAGCAUGUCGAUAAUUGCGGGGCUAAUUAAAUUCUAAUGAAAGUCGUUCGAUAUCGGCGGGGUCUUCGUGCAAAUUUAAAUAAGAGACUGAUCGUUUAAUUGGAAUAAUUGAUCAUUCUCACCCAGAUGCACCCGCGCGUAAUCUUUUAAAUAUAUCUGUGCCCGAGGGGUGCAAAACUCGAGAUCUCGAAGCCGGAGAUAUCGAGACCUCGCGAUAUCGAGAGCUAACCUCUUCAAGCGAGAUGUCGCGCGCAAAGUUAGGUUAAGAUACUGAAAACGGAACAUUUCUUGUAAUUUAUGAAACAAAAUGAGGAUGAUACAAAUUGGUGCGAUAUUGCGGAAUUACGCAAAAGUCGCCAGCGGUUUGUACGCAAGGGGCGUGCAAAAUGCCGCGAAACAAAUCUACACAAAAACCGUGCUGCUCCCGCAAACCAACUUCCCGGCGCGUCUCGGUGGCAAGAAGAGAACGGAGAUGGAUAGUUAUUUGAUAGAAAAAUGCGGCUUCCUGGAAUUGUACAAGUGGCAGAGGAAAAAUCUCUCCGGGCCAGAUUUUGUUCUGCACGAUGGCCCGCCCUAUGCCAAUGGAGAGCCGCACAUGGGCCACGCUAUUAAUAAGAUCCUCAAGGAUAUCACUCUGCGAAGUAAGAUCAUAAGGGGUAGAAGAGUACAUUAUGUCCCAGGAUGGGAUUGCCAUGGUUUACCAAUCGAGCUGAAAGCACUCGGUGACAUGAAAAAUGUCGGUGCUUUAGAGAUUCGUCGAAAAGCUCGAAAUUACGUAAGCGAUGCCAUAGCGAAGCAGAGAGAGGUCUUUAUGUCAUGGGGUGCUAUAGCUGACUGGAGUGAGUCGGGGUGUUACUUUACGAAUCAUCCUUCAUAUAUAAAGAAUCAACUGCAACAGUUUAUAAACCUAUAUGAAAAGGGCCUCGUAUACAGAGCCUUCAAGCCAGUACACUGGUCACCCUCCUCCAAAACAGCAUUAGCAGAAUCGGAAUUGGAGUAUAACGAGUCUCACCGGAGCAAAAGCGUUAUCGUUCGCAUGCAACUCGACACAUUGCCCUCGAACUUGAAGAGCUUGGGGAGCAAGGCGCUUCACGCGCUUAUUUGGACCACGACACCGUGGACGUUGAUAGCCAAUCAAGCUAUAGCGUUUUCCAAUGACAUUGUCUACUGUGUGGUGGAAGAUAGCUCGAAGAACUUGUAUAUCAUUGCGCAAGACAGCGUAACAAGUGUUGAGAAGAAGCUCGGCCCAUUGAAGGCUAUCGCGACCGUCAAAGGACAGGAGUUGGCGGAAGUGAGGUACCUCCAUCCCAUUACCAAGGAACGUUUACCUUUCUUGCCAGGCGCGCACGUUACGAACAGCGUUGGCACCGGAUUAGUUCACAUAGCUCCAGCACACGGCCCGGAGGACUUCCUCGUCGCGAUAGAAAAUAAUAUAUCAGUAUUAUCCUUAGUAGACGAUGAAGGAUGCUACACCAAAGAGGCGGGCGACAAGUUCGCCGGCUUAAACGUGCUGACCGACGGUGCGGACAAAAUCCUGAAUUACAUCGCCGCGGAUGUGCUGCAUGCCGAUACAGUGACGCACAGCUACCCGUACGACUGGCGCACUAAAAAGCCUAUAAUCAUACGCGCGAGUCACCAAUGGUUCAUAGACGUGAAGUCCAUUAAGGAGGAGGCUAUUGACAGCAUCGCGAAUAUAAGGAUAUAUCCGCAGCAAAACCAGACGUCGUACUUGAACGCGUUACUCGCUCAAAUUAAGCAGCGACCUUACUGGUGCAUCUCCCGACAACGAUCCUGGGGUACGCCGAUUCCGGUGUUGUAUAAUAAGCAAACCGGCGAUGUGUUCACAAACAGAAAGUGGGUCGAGAGAUUGUGCAAACUGACGGAACGAUACGGUCCCGAUUAUUGGUGGGAACUGUCGACCGAGAAACUAAUCGGCCGCGAGCUUCGCCAGGAACUGACCGACAAUAUAGACAACUUGGAGAAAGGAACCGAUAUCAUGGAUAUCUGGCUGGACAGCGGCCUGUCGUGGUCAUCGGUUUUGCCGGAACACAAAGCGGACUUGUACUUGGAAGGAAUGGACCAGUUUCGCGGUUGGUUUCAGUCAUCAUUACUGACGUCCAUUGCUCUCCAGAAACGUCCUCCUUACAGUGCCUUGUUCGUGCACGGCUUUGCUGUGGAUGAUAAAGCCGCAAAGAUGUCGAAAUCGAUCGGGAACGUCGUGGAUCCUGAAAUCAUCACCAAAGGCGGGGAGAACACUAGCAAGAAUCCGACGUAUGGCGUCGACACUUUAAGGUGGUGGGUAGCUAGUCACGCGUGCCAACACACUCAGGUCCCGGUCUCGACGACCUUGCUGCGCGAAAGUCACGAGUGUAUCCAGAAGCUGCGGCUGAUCUUGCGCUUCCUGUUGGGCGUCCUUCAUUCGUACAGCGCGGGGGUCUCGGUUGAGCCGGAAUAUCUUUAUCUGGACAAGUAUAUGCUGUACGCUUUACGUCAAUAUGAUGAAGAGAUCCAACGAUUAUACGACGAUUACUUGUACCACCACGCGAGCAAACUAGUCAUGCAUUUCCUGGCGAACACUGUGUCGUCGGUGUACUGCCACUUGAUCAAGGACAGGCUCUACUGCGAUAAAGCGGCGUCACCGACACGACUGGCCGCGGUGGAGGUAACGCGCGAGACCUUGACCGUACUCGCGAGGUCCAUCGCGCCAAUCGUGCCGCACCUGGCGGAAGAGGCAUGGCUGCAUCACCCUGAGAAUCUGGCAUCGGUGCCAUUGUAUCACACCGAGCACAAGGUAUCGGAGACGUGGGACCAGCCAGAGAUCGCUAUGCACGUGGAGACAGCUUUACGCUUAAGAAGCAAAGUCAACACGAUGGCUGACCAAAACACAUGGGAAUUAUCUGGCACUGUAAUAGCGUCGAAGGACUACAAAUCUCUGUCGAUACUUCAAAGAGACCGAGAAUCUUCCACGUCGGAAUUGUGCGAGAUUCUACAGCUGUCGUCGAUCACGCUGACGGAGUCGUCCACGGUGACUGAGACACAGGUCGAGCUACGUAAUACCGAGAAAACGCUCUGUCAACGGUGCAGGAGGCACCCCGAAUCAGACAAGAACGGGCUGUGCAGCCGCUGCAUUAAGGUGCUCGACGUGACGAAUCUGUCAUCGAUAUCCUUGUAAGCAUAACGUUCGCUAUUUCUUAACACGACUGAUGUUCAUUUUGCUAAAUAAACCAACGUAAAAAAAAAAAAAAA